CUUACCUGGGAACAUCUACUCUGCUACAUAAGUUGUGAAAAUUCCAUCAAAUUGUUUAUACGCUUCCGCAGAAAAUAAUUUAUUUGUUUGCAACACUCGUUUGGUUGAGAUUUUCUGGUGUUGGAAACCAACCAGCCAGGCAAGUGUGCACUGAGGCCACAGGUAUUUUGCAGUUUAUCCAACAAAUUACUGCACGUUGUGUUUUUUAACCCUCCCCCCAACUGUGGGUACUUCAAAUCCCCAACCGAAAAACAGAAACAAGAAAAGUCAACAUGAUUUGAAUUGAAAAGAACACGAAUUUCUCUUGCCCUCCCUCUGGAAAAAAAAGAAAACAAACACUCGCUACAAUAUGAUUUCGUCAAACAAUUUGGAGCCGUUAACAACUCCACGGCAUUUGGAAAUGAGCGGCGAACAAAAAUUGCUGGCCUACAAACGUGUAGGUCAGGCUGUUAACAUGGCUGUAGAUCGUUUGGUGACAAUUGGUGAAAUCAUUGCUGAGGGUUUUCAGGAUAUCAAAGGUGAUAUGUUUGAUUGCUGCAAGGACGCCAGAGAUACGGGAAAAUCAAUCGAACAGCUAUGCAUUGCAGGCGACUUAAUUCACGAUAGUGCUGGCGUUGCCAAACCCUAUGUGGAUCAUACUGCCAUUGUGUUGGCCUCACGCUCGCUACUUACCUCAAUAACGCGAGUCCUUUUGCUGGUUGAUAUUAUCGUUGUGAAACAACUCUUCAGCUUCAAAUACAAGGAUAGCAAAUGUCCCCAAAAUCUUGAAUGUGUUAUGAACUUCACCAAAUUCGUGCAGGCCUUUUCCGCCUUUGGCACCGAAAUGGUCGAGAUGACAUAUCUAACGGGUAGUAAUGCAAAUUGUGCCAAAGAGGAGCGUAGACGUUCGGAAAUCUUAUCUGCCCGUCAGGUAUUGGAACAUUCGGUCAAGGUCUUAAUCACCUCUUCCAAGGUGUGUAUGGUCCAUUAUAACUGUGUAAUAGCUCGAGAGAAUCGCAAUACGGUAUUCUGCCAAAUACGCCGCGGAAUGGAUCACAUUCAUUUCAUUAUCAAGGACACCAUCAUCGAAUCGGAGUGGCAUUCGACGAAACAACAACAGCAGUAUUCCUACUACAACAACGAUGAUCGUGGCACCAUACAUGCCACCAUCCAGCACUUCACCUAUCUGAUGCAGUGUUGCCGCUACAAAAGCAAACACAGCGAUCCCUAUCUAAAUGCCAAAAUCAAUCAUCACAACUCGUACAGGAAGAAGUCAAUGGACAAACGUUGGCAACCCCUCGACAAUAAAACAAAAACGAAACUCUACGAUGCCACUGGCCUGCCCGAAGGGGAGCGUCUAUUGAAUGAAUGCUAUGGCCUGGAUGAGUACUCGCCGGGCAGUCCAAAAUACAAGACGUCAGUGGCGGCGUCAACGACGACAAUCAAUCAAUCCUGUGUUUGCGGCGACCUCAUUGAGAAAGUUUUAAUCUCAUUCGAUAGAAUUUUGGAGAACAUACACGACUUUACCGACUCGCCCUACACCAGCCAUGAGAUGCGAGAGAAUAUUUUAAUCUACUGUGACCACUGUACCCGAGAACUCAACAAGUACUUGCGAAAUGUCGUCAAGCAAGGUGGUGGUGGUGACCACCAGUACUCCAAGGAUCCAUAUCAAGAUGAAUAUAUAGACACCGUAUUGGCCGCAGUGAAAACUCUAUCCGAACAGCUGGUGAAUUCUGCUGCUGAACAAUCACGUGACAUGUUUCAUGCCUUGAAAAUGUCCACAGACUUGGUGAACUCCUUGAAUGUGGUCAUUUCACAACAGAAUUUGCCCCACUUUACACAGAAGGUCAAUGAGUUCCAUGAGCACUGCGAUCAUAUACUGGAUGUGUGCAAACUAUUGCGCCAUAUAGCGGUGCAGGAUGCCCUAAAAGAGCAGGCCAGCCAUGUCUCCAUAAACCUCAGGAUUUACGGGCCCCAGGUGAUAUUAGCUGCCAAAAUACUAACCAAGUUCCCCCUAAGCAAUGUGGCCAGUGAAAACUUUGAUGCAUUUGUGGAAAUGUGGACGUGGCUGGUGACCGAGGUGAACAUAGUCUCGAAAAAGAUCCUCGAGUCAAUGGCUGUUCUGAGUGAUCCAGAUUUAAAGUACCUGACUAUGGCAAAUGCCACUGCUUCGGAGGUAGUUAAGCCCGUUAAAAGUGUUAAUUUUCAAAAAGAUUUGCCCGAGGCCUGCAAGGAACUAGACCCGGAAUCGGAAAAUGUCAAAAGAGAUCUACAGCCACGCUGGAAUGAAGAAUUGUGUGACAAUGACAUCAUCAAAAGGGCCAAGAAUCUCUCGGCCAUGGCAUUUCUAAUGUAUCAGUUUACCAAAGGCAAUGGUUCGUUAAAAACAACCCAAGAUCUUUUCACGCAAGCUGAAUAUUUUGCUGAAGAAGCCAAUCGUCUAUAUAAAAUCCUACGACAAUUUUCCUAUCAGGUCCCGGCUAGUCCUCAUAAAAAGGAUCUGCUAAAUGUCCUGGAUCGUGUACCCACUUUUGUGCAAACAUUGCAAUUCACCGUCAAGGAUCAUACGGUGGGCCCAUCAGCAACCUAUGUCAAGGUGGAUCACGUUAUCAGGGAAACGAAAAACCUCAUGUGUGUUAUCAAUAGUGUUGUGACAAAGUGCCUAGAGUGUGCUACUAAGUACAACCUAGACUUUAAUAGUAUUACUGGCGGUCUGACAUCUUCAAAUCAGGAUGACUGCAGUGCUGGUGCCAUGGACUCAAAGGGGACCAGUAAUAGUUCUGACAUAACUGGGUGACAUUAUGGUAUGGCUCGAAGAGCCAAAGGAGAUACGCGUCGAACGCGAGUCUCUUUUCUACUUUUUUGAUUAUUAUUCACUGUCACAUUCAAAGCUACAAAAUACCAUCAGCAGCAGCAGCAACAGCAAAAGCAAAAAUUGCAGCGGCAGCAGCAUCAGCGUCAGCGUCAGCAGUAUUCCCUUAAUAGUAACAAAAAUAAUAUUGAAAUUCUUUUCUGUGUUUGCUAUAUUUUCGUAUACUUAAACAUUCGAUUUGAAUUUCAUUUGAAUAUGCCAAUGAAGCAAAAGAAGAGUUGUACUAUGUGUUGUUGUUGUUGUUCUUUGUCAGAGAAAUAUAUGAAUGUUACAGAA